UGUUGUUUUGACGGAGAUAUUUCGAAGAUUUUGAACGGUUGAUGUGAUAAACAGACACUUUCAUGGUUGCAUCAGAAUCAUUUAAGAGAGUGAGAUAUCAAGAUGUUGGUGUUGUUGUAGCAUUUGUAGUCGCAGUGUUCAUCUUCAGAGCACCUGAYGUCUUCCAACUUAAACCAGUAUGGAGGCUGGAUAUCACAGAGAAUCAUGAUGGCAACAUUUUACCUCUUCCUGUGAUAUCAGAUCUAGAAAAUGAUGGAAUUAAUGAGCUGAUAGUUGCCACCCAUCAUGGUACAAUCAAAAUAAUGACUUUUCCUUCUCAUGAUCCAUCUGGUCACUCUGUCUUGCCUCAUUUGCAUACAAAGCAUGAAGCAUCAGUUAGAGUCAGUGCUGAGUUGUCUGAUCAUCAAGCUAUCCCUGUUGCUAUGGCAACUGGUUGUCUCCAGGCUCCUUUAAAAGGUGGWACUUGUUAUCAGUCUAUUGUAGUUGUAACAAGUGACUGGUCUGUACAUCUUUAUGAUCACUACCUGAAACUACUAUGGCAGACAAAAGUUAGUCCACAGGRCAAGCCAUUCCAGUUUAGGGAAAUUGCGGCACUGAUAAUUCCACAUGGUGAAGGUGGUUUGGUUAUUGUUGGAGGAAGGACUGGUGCAAAGUCACAUGACAAACAUACUCUCAGUCACAACCAUGCUACAAGAAGCAAUGUUUCCAUGGAAAAGGUGGAAGAAAUGAGUAAAGAAGGCUUUGGUAGACGCACUCUUGACUCAAGGAAGGUGUUAAAUGAAGAAGAUCACUUUUCCUCGUUCGCCAUCGGUGGUGCCGAUGGACGAAUCAAGUGGACCCAUAAACCAGGAGACUUUGAGGCUAACCGCACUGCCAGAGAGGUACUUCUCUCAUCAUACCACUUCAAGCUUGCUUUGCAUCCCAACCAGCAACAUGUCGGYGAGGAACACUGGUCUAAAUACCACACCUCAUUUUUGAACGCUCUUCCUCACCGAUGGCAUCAUCCGUCCGACACAACACUUUCUGCUAGUUAUUUCAUGAAGAGUGCGAGUAAAUCUACAAAUAAAAAAGAAAAACAAAGCUGGUUUGACAUCAAGACUCCAAAUAUCGAUAUUUUUAAUUCAGAUGACAAGAAAAUUAAGCAGGAAAGCAAGAACAACGCUAUUGUGAUCCACAACAAACAUGGCGUCGAGGUGGUACAGCUAAAUACAGGACGACCGCUGUGUCACUAUACCAUCAACAAAGAUGGCGUGGCAGUAGGUGAUGUCAACAACGAUGGCGUCAUCGAUCACAUAACGACGCGCUUUGAGCCACGUGACCAGUCAUCAACCAAUGAUUUGGACUGUAAAGGGGUAGUGAUGUCAGAGUCACGAGUCUUGUUCGAUGGGCCUAUAUGUCAGACAGUUUCCUUAUUUGGUGGGGUGUUUGAUAACGAGGUUGAACACAACGAGGAAAUACUUCCGGUGCCCCCUGUCAUCGUGGAAAGUCCUCCCCACAGAUCAGGAAUACUUCGUCAUGUAAUGGGUCACAACCUCAGGAGGGGUAGGGUUGGGUUUGAUAGUAUUUUUCUGGUCAGUACUGGCAAGGUUACUAGUUUUGGGCCACAUGGAGAGGUGAAUUGGCAGGUAAAAAUCGCUGGAGAAUGGAAUGGUCGUACAGAGUUAAAAAACGAGSCAAAAUAUUUUCCUUCUAUGAAGACAGUUUCCAUUCAARUGGGAGAUGAAAAGAAAGCGCUUUUGGUUACAAGCUGGCUCCAUAUUUCAUUGGUUGAACUUGUCGAUGGCGCAGUGCUGACGUCCCAUACGUUACCAUGCCAACCAAUGUCACCAGUCGUCCAUGGGGAUUUCACGAACGAUGGACUUACAGACUUCGUUGUUCAUUGUUCUGACAGUUAUCUUGGUUUCUCGUUGGACCGAAGCAUUGGUUACAUGUGGACAGUCAUCUGGCUUGUGUGUGGUUCGCUGGUUAUAGGGAUGGCAUUGCUUUCCAUGCGGAUAUUUGAGGAGUUUAUUCUUUAAAUCAUUGCUGUGCAACAUCACAUCAGAAAGCUGUCAUCAGAACGAAACUACCAGUUAUAAAGACCUGCAUAAAUGAGUUUGUGUCGCCUUCCUUCGGCAAUUUUGAUCAGGAAAGGUGGAUCKUCUGAAUUGCUCCUUAGGACCACAGCUCAUUGAUCAGUGAAAGGUAAAUAAGRACAUUGACGUCGCGAGUCUGUUUAUACACCGUCUUCCAUGUUUACAUCAAAUGGCUGGAAAUUUAUGGUAUAUCGUGGCRCCUAUUGCUUCAUAAUUUUAGCCCACGAACUUUGAUACAGAAGAUUUAGUGUUUCGUAACAAURGCUAUUUUCAGAAAGAUACGAGACAAGAUAAGAGCAGCAUUAAGGAACACUGAAAUCAUAGGAACUCUGUGUCGAAAUUAUUCUCAAUUGAUGUCCAGAACAAUUUCAUAACUCCUUUCACAACUGCUUGUGAACAGAAAAUCUCUAAAGGAAGACUUAAUAAAGAUUUCAUCAUAGCAA